CAGUAAUUGUAAUUUUAGGUUGAUAGCCUGUCGGGCUAGUGUAAAUCCAAUGUUAUCAGUUUGAAAUAUUGUUUUGAUAUAGGUGACUAUGAUGCACUUGCACCAUCACCUGGCAGACCAGGUUCUGAAAUACGGCAACCUGUAUGUAACGCAUUCUUUUGGAAUGGAGCGAUUCAUUCAAGAAAUAAAAAGAAUCUGCACAAGCAGAAGGAAAGUGGAAAAGGCCAUCAUGAACAAGUACCAAUUCUUCAACGUCUAUGGUAUGGUUCGUCACAACGGCAUUGGCCAUCUACCCGAGCCACUGAGAGACCUAGCGGUCACAGAAGAACGUAUAGAAAACUAUUUGCAGGCCCUCUACAGUGAAAAUGCUGACAACCAUGAUGAAGACGGCUCCAUGAAUGCCUCAAUGAGUUACAUGGACUUCAUGGAGCGAGCAGAGGGUGCGCCACUAAGGAACAUCUCUGCUCUGCAUGGACGUUCUCGGGCUAUACAAGCUGAUGACAGCUUACAUGGAAAACUCGACGAGUUCGUCCAAAAUUACGUAGAGCGUGCGGGUGCACUCGUAGAGGCCUACGAGGCCCAACGAUUUCCCGCGACAAUCCGGGGCGAGUGGGAGCCACCUUGCCACCUGCGGAUACCGCACUACGAGGACAUUCUCCGUGGUCCUCCGCGAGAGGUGACGGAGUUUGCGAGGGCAGUGAUCCCACAUCCAGAUGAGCAGCGCCUCUACAAGUUCUGCAGCUACUCUCUGGAUGGGCACCACUGCGGAUCGUACGUCCAAAUGGAAUUUUCCGAAGCGGAACAUGGUCCAGCAGCUCCGAACAUGAUAAAUGUAGGCGGCGAGAUCAAAUAUACCUACAUAGGACAAAUACAGAGGUUUGUAUCGAUGACAUUCAUCGAGAAAACCUUUGAGGUUGCCGAGGUGACGUUCCAUCAGAGACCAUCACAAGACGAAGAGACACGCCAGUGGCUCGCACCCCUUGCCGUCACUCCAUCCAUACUUGUGCUCGUUGAACACCUAAGAGGCACACAAGUAUGGGUGGCACAAGAUGAAUAUGGGGUGUGGUCACUGGCAAAGGUCUAG